GACGGCCGCCCAGGUGUACCAGGACAAGAAGGCAGAAAAGGAGCAGGCCAGCCAGGUUUGCCUGGACAAGCCGGACCCCGAGGAGACGCCGGUAAGCCUGGAGCCGGUGGUAAAGAUGGAGGUACCGGAGCUCCCGGUCCCAUUGGAGCAGCGGGUCAUCCUGGUAUGCCUGGAAAUAAAGGACCUGACGGACAACCAGGUAUGGAUGGAAAGCCAGGACAACCCGGCAAAGAUGCCCACUAUUGCCCUUGUCCUCAUCGAAGUGUGGCUGCAAAGAAGAAGAAGAUCUAA